AUGAUUUCAGCCCAAGAACCGCGCUGGCAGCACGUCAACGCCCAGGGCGGGCCGAUGCUCGAGCUGGCCUACUGGAUCGGGGACACGCCCGGCGUCGCGACGGGCGCCGAGCUGGACCGGUUCUGGGACAACUCGGAGGGCAACGCGGAGCGCGUUGUCGUGUUCCACUUCCACGUCAACGAGAACACCAACUGGGUCGCGCACGUCGACGGGCGCACGCGCGUCGGGAUCCAGUCGGUGCAGUUGUUCCACGGCUACGACGCGGACGCCCAGCCCGGCCAGGCCUGGCGCGUGAAGAACACGGCGUCGACGCGGGACGGGUUCGGGUGUCCCGACGAGGAGCUGUGGUAUGUUGGGACCGGGACGACGCAGCCGAGUAACCAGUUGCCGGCCGACCAGACCUUCUUCGAGAGGUUUCAGCGUUGGAGCAGGAUGUUGUUCGAUGAUGGCUAUCUCGCCACGCGGGGGUUGAACCUGAUCCUGACGGGUGGCGCCACGGUCAACAACGGUGGGAACCAGGAUAUCGAUCCCAACAACGCGGGAAUGCUCCUGCGCGGCGGAAUACGUCACCCGGCAUGGUGA